AUGGAACUACCAUUCCGUAGUAGAUACGACACGCUCCCAGAAUUUGAAGGUAAGGAUAAACGAGCUAUUGUACGUCUUGCGGAACCUAUCGCCCUCACCUCUAUCUUCCCCUACGCGUGGCCACUCGUCAAGAAAUUCCAAGUCGGUAGCGAAGAUGACGCGUCUUUCUAUGCCGGACUUCUCAUUUCGGCCUUUGCCCUGGCAGAGUCUAUGACUGGCAUGUAUUGGGGAGGUUUAUCUGAUAGAAUUGGACGAAAACCCGUAUUACUAGCAGGGUGUUGUGGUACAAUGUUGAGUAUGAUCAUGGUCGGAUUUGCAUCAAACAUCUGGAUGGCGCUCCUCGGAAGAGCACUUGGAGGCUUCUUAAAUGGAAACAUAGGUGUUAUUCAAACCAUGGUUGGUGAGAUGGUCACCAAGAAAGAGCAUGAGCCUCGAGCAUACUCAGUAAUGCCAUUCGUUUGGAGUAUAGGUACUAUCAUCGGUCCGGCGAUUGGUGGCACAUUCGCAGAUCCCACAUUGACCUUUCCCAAUAUCUUCUCGCCGGAUGGUAUUUUCAACACAUUCCCAUAUUUACUUCCAAAUCUGAUGUGCGCCGGUUUACUUUUUAUGAGUAUCCUAGCCGGGUAUUUCCUACUCGAAGAGACACAUCCGGAUAUGCAACCUCGAGUUUCUCUACCAGAUGAUACAUACCAUUCCGAGGAAACCCCAUUGAUGGCUACGGCAGAUGCCAUUAAAACUCCUGCUGUCGACUUACGCGCUGAAACCUAUGGAACUUUCGAGGGUAGUGACGACAGUGAGUGGCGGAAUGCAUCCACCAAAGUCACUCCUCCCAAAAUCUUCACCAAAAAUGUUGUGGCUUUGAUUAUCGCAUUGGGAAUAUUUACAUACCAUUCAAUGACAUAUGAUCACUUAUUUCCCAUUUUCCUCGAGGAUACAAAGGGUCUUGGGGAGAGCAUAUCCGCCAUGUCUGGUGAUUUCAAUACUUCUAUGAUGGCUGGUGGUCUUGGUCUAUCUGUUCAACAAGUCGGCGUAAUUAUGUCUGUAAAUGGCGUUAUUGCACUGUUUGUUCAAGCGGUGAUAUUUCCUUGGGCCGCUGAAUUUUUUGGUACCUAUAGACUCUUCAUUUUAGUCACCGUUUUACAUCCCAUCGCGUACCUAAUGGUACCCUUUCUCGUCUAUAUACCCUCUUCGUACUUAUACAUCGGCCUAUAUACCGCUCUUUUUGUCCGAAAUCUCCUUUCGAUACUUUUAUACCCCGUUCUUCUCAUUCUCAUCAAGGAAGCUACUCCAUCUCCAAAUGUUCUUGGCAAAAUCAACGGACUUGCCGCGUCGGCAGGAGCUGCUUGUAGAACAAUAGCUCCACCAGUCUCAGGAUAUCUGUAUUCUUUUGGUAGCAAAUCAAAUUUCACAGCUUUGGCUUGGAUUGGAAGCGCACUUGUGGCUUCCAUAGGUGCAGUUCAAUCUUUUACGGUUAAGAGGACGAGAAAAGAUGGGAGUGAAGAGGGAGAAGAAGAGGAGCAAAUUUUUGAUGUCCGUAAGCGGGAUAGUAAAAACAAUAUGGUGUCUGCAAUUACAGUUAUUGAGGUUGAUUCCAACUCGGAAACUAGUUCGCUUAGGGGACAGAGAUAUGACGAGUGA